AUGCUGCAAGUGUGGCCCGUGCGGCAGCCGAGGCCCGUGACGGAGAAGCUGCCGGCCAACCACCCCCUGCUCACCGGCCAGAGGGUGCUCGACUCUCUCUUCCCGUGCGUGCAAGGAGGGACCACGGCCAUCCCCGGAGCCUUCGGCUGCGGCAAAACCGUCAUCUCCCAAGCUCUGUCCAAGUACUCCAACUCCGACGUCAUCAUCUACGUCGGGUGCGGCGAGCGAGGUAACGAGAUGUCCGAAGUGUUGCGGGACUUCCCCGAACUGUCCGUGGAGAUCGACGGAGUGACGGAGUCCAUCAUGAAGAGGACGGCCCUCGUCGCCAACACCUCCAACAUGCCCGUGGCCGCCCGCGAGGCCUCCAUCUACACCGGUAUCACCCUGUCGGAGUACUUCCGCGACAUGGGCUACAACGUCUCCAUGAUGGCGGACUCCACGUCCCGUUGGGCCGAAGCCCUCCGCGAGAUCUCCGGGCGUCUGGCCGAGAUGCCCGCCGACUCCGGGUACCCCGCGUACUUGGGGGCCCGCCUGGCCUCCUUCUACGAGAGGGCCGGACGAGUCAAGUGCCUCGGGAACCCCGACCGGGAAGGUUCCGUGUCCAUCGUGGGAGCCGUGUCUCCCCCCGGAGGAGACUUCUCCGACCCCGUGACGGCCGCCACGCUCAGCAUCGUGCAGGUCUUCUGGGGAUUGGACAAGAAGUUGGCCCAGAGGAAGCACUUCCCCUCCAUCAACUGGCUCAUCUCAUACAGCAAGUACAUGCGCGCUCUCGACGAAUUCUACGAAAAGAACUACCCCGAGUUCGUCCCCCUCAGAACUAAGGUCAAGGAGAUCAUGCAAGAAGAAGAAGACUUGUCUGAAAUCGUCCAACUGGUAGGAAAGGCCUCGCUGGCCGAGACCGACAAGAUCACCCUGGAAGUCGCCAAGCUGCUGAAGGACGACUUCUUGCAGCAGAACAGCUACUCGGCCUACGACCGCUUCUGCCCCUUCUACAAGACCGUGGGCAUGCUGAAGAACAUCAUCGCCUUCUACGACAUGUCGCGCCACGCCGUGGAGUCCACCGCGCAGUCCGACAACAAGGUCACGUGGAACGUCAUCAGGGACGCCAUGGGCAACGUGCUCUACCAGCUGUCCUCCAUGAAGUUCAAGGACCCCGUGAAAGACGGCGAGGCGAAGAUCAAGGCCGACUUCGACCAGCUGCUGGAGGACAUGUCGUCCGCUUUCCGCAACCUGGAAGAUUAG